AUGUUUGACCCUAAGCGUCUUACUACUAAAGUGGCUACCUUAUCAGGUGGAGAAGCCAGCAGAUUGUUAUUAGCUAAGACUCUAAUCAAUCCAGGUAAUUUGCUAAUUUUAGAUGAGCCAACGAACGACCUUGAUAUGGAUAGUUUAGAGAUUCUAUUAGAUAUUCUAGGAGAAUAUUCGAGCACAUUAUUAAUAAUUAGUCAUGAUCGUGAUUUUUUACAUAGAUUAGUCACUAGGACCUUAAUUUUCUCUAAUAAUGAAAUAAUUGAUAUAGCAGGUAGUUAUGAAGAUUAUCGACAAUUAGCUCUCCCAGGUUUAACCCCUAAGCCACCCGUCAAAUUAGCCAAUAAACCUCCACUCCCUACUCUUAUCCAAGAAGCAAGAAAACCUCAGAAAUUAUCUUAUAAAUAUCAGCGAUUACUUGAAACAAUUCCUCUAGAAAUAGAAUCAUUAGAAUUAAAGAUUAAAAACUUAGAAUUAAUAUUAAGCGAUAGUGCAUUAUUUUCUGCUAACCCUAUUAAAUUUAAUCAAUCAAGCAAUGAUCUAGUAGCACACAAGAAAAGGCUUGAAGAAUUAUUAAUGCAGUGGUUAGAGAUUGAAGGCUCCAAUUAA